ACUUAAAACUAAGAUAAAAUUAAUCCAGUAAAAGACAUGACAAGAACAAAAGCAACAAAGGCUGUAGUUAGAACAAUUCUUAGUUAUUUCAAUGCACUAAGUCCCAGAAAAGUAAAUAGCACAGAACUAAUGUCAUGUUUACUUUAGGAUUGCUUCUGUUUAAAUAUUGGGCAUCUGGGUUUCAGUGCAGCAUCACUGCCACUCAACACAAUGACACAGUAGAAAAUGUCAAGCAGACAAGUAAUGAUAAUAAUUUGUCAAAAUUAUGUUUUUGUUUUUUUCAGGAUUGAACACAUUGAGAAUGGAGAGUCCAGGCUAUGAACACAUGCUGUACUCCACACAUCCACCUCUUUACAUCAGUCAGCCUAAUCCUGACACCAGGAUGGCCUGUUCGCUCAAGGAAGAAGACAUCAAACCAACCUGCAGUUUGUUGGAGAUUAAUGAGCACAACUGGUCUGGGGUCUACAUGCCUUAUUAUGACAGACUAACUAUAGAGGAGAACCCCUGGCUGCUGAGGAUGACAGAGGUACCUGCUCCAGCUCCUCCUCCAUUCAGGACUGUGGAUCUGAGCCCACCUGCACCCACCCAAACCCAAGAUCCUCACUCUGAGAUGGAGAGUCAGGCAGAAGAGCGCUGCCUGGAGCAGGUCCAUACCAUGGUGGUGGGAGAAGUGUUAAAAGACAUCGACACAGCUUGCAAAUUGCUCAACAUAGCACCAGACCCCAUGGACUGGACCUGUAUGCAUGUUCAGAAAUGGCUGCUGUGGACGGAGCAUCUGUACAGGCUGCCACAGAUCAGCAUGGUCUUUCAGGAAUUAACCGGAAGUAACCUAUGCUCCAUGACAGAGGCAGACUUCAGACAGAGGACCUCGCAGUUUGGAGACAUGUUGUAUGCCCAUCUGGACAUCUGGAGAUCAGCUGCAGCAAUGAAAGAGCGCUGUCCGACAGAAAAUGGAAAGUCUGGUGAUGACGAUUCCUGGUCAGAUGUGGUCUGUAACUACCCCAGUCAGCCCAUCCAUCUGUGGCAGUUCCUCAGAGACCUGCUCCGUAAACCUCAUAACUACAGCCGCUGCAUCCGCUGGCUCAACAAAGAGAAAGGGAUUUUUAAAAUUGAAGACUCUGCUCACGUGGCCCGUCUUUGGGGCAUCAGGAAGAACCGUCCAGCCAUGAACUAUGACAAACUGAGCCGCUCUAUACGCCAGUACUACAAGAAAGGCAUCAUCCGUAAGCCAGACGUCUCAGGCAGACUGGUCUACCAGUUUGUCCACCCUGUUUGGUGAACAGAACCACAGGAGAAUGAGCUGAAGAUGAGCUGAAGAUAUGCUGGACAUACAACAGACGUAACAGGAACUCUAAAGCUCAUUCAUUAUAUUUGGAGUUUGUUUCAAUAUAAAGACUGCCUACUUUUUAAACAUGCACUCCUGCCUGUUGUAAUCUUUUAAAACUGGAUUUUUUUCCCCAUUUCUUGGUGUAAAGUUUAGUUUCACACAUCUCUUCUUCCAUGUGGAAAGCCUUUAAUAUUUUGAGACUUUUGGUUAUUCUAAUUUAGUCAUUAAGAGUAUUCAGAAGUUGUAGUGCUAUUUUAAUACAAGCUUGUUUUGAUUAAUAGAUUUACAUUUCUUUUCGGGUUAUAUUUGGGAUUUGUAAUAAAACCACAAAUUAUUACCAAAUGUUGUUUGUUUUAAAAUAGUAACACAUGAUAAUUCUACUCAAAUUUUAACAAAAAACACACAGACGCUACUUUUUUUCAACAAACUUGUUUCCCUUUCAAACCAAUAUCGCAAUAUUGACACCAUCACAACAAAUUUGAUUCAGAUUUUUCAUCACUAUCGUCAUAUUAUUAUCUGUGAUCAUAAUCAUCUUUAUGCAUAUUUAAAUGAACUUCUUGUUACAUCAAGAUGAACAGGCACUACACCAGUUAGGAGAUAAAAGUACAUCACUAACUAUGAACAUACAUCUUCUAGACCGCUAAUAUAGGGUUUCCACAACAUGAGCUGUUGUCACCCGUGUGCAUAAGGAAGAGAUCAUCAACAUAAAAAAGCAUUUACAUGUACACCUUUUUACUGCCUCAACAUGGUUAGGUCUCAUUUUCAACUCAACACAGUUGUACAGUUACAAUAGAAUAUAAUCUUUAAAUUACAUCAUCAUAUACAAAUCUGACAGCGUGGGAUAACGUCACGCUCUUAUGGUACACUGACAAUUCCAUUGCAAUGAAAUUCAUACGAUAUGGUACCUAUUACUUAAUAUGUUUUCCAUUGCUGUUAUUUUAAUGAAACACAUUUACAUGUAUAACACUACAUUUUGUCUUUAUAGUCAAUCACUUGCAAUUUUUUUAAACAUUUUUUUUCUGUUACAUUUACACAACUCAUACAUACUGGAUGACAAAGAUGUUUCCCUCAAAAUAUUAACCUGGUAAUGCUGACUCUGUGUUUGAAUUUGCAUGUUUUGAUGUGUAUUGUGUAUAAUGUGUAUUUAACGUAUGUGUGUUUGUGUGUGUCUGUGUAUAUGUGAUGUAUAUAGAGGAUGUGGGACAGUUUGAUGGUAGAAGUCCUUUUUGCUAUGCUGGACAGCUUUACUCUAAGACACAACUUGUGAGCUGGUGAUGUGUUUCUCCUCAUGUGUGAGACCCAAACCUGUCGAAUCCAUUUCCAGACACAGAGCUAAACACAUCUGACUGCAGUCCAGUGAAAGUUAAAAACUUCAGGACAACUAAGUUAUAAAAAGCAUCUCUCCCAUCUAAUUAUUUAAUCAGAGAUUUAGGUGCAACUCGUGGCAAGAUAAAUUCUCUAAUCGGAUGAAUAAAAGUCCUGCUAGAAAUUUAAUUUCUAUGGAGCAAGUUACAGAUUUAAUAAUAACUAGGUAUUGCACUGUGGAAGAAUCGUCUUAUGUGCAAUAGAAUCCUGGUGACAAAUGUAUUCCCUGUGUCAUUACACAGUGCUUUACAGAUAAAUGAAGUUUGGGUGGACUGGGAGGCAGCUACAAGUUGAUCUUCACUGAAGCUGUUUUACAUGUGAUAUGUGAAGUUAUUGCAUGGAGAGAAAAGAGAUAACUGAUGGUAGCGGGUCAUUCUUUGGCUCAGCAGGGAAACGGGCCACAUAACUAGUGUUUUUUGCUAGGUAGGGCUUCAAAUGACAGUGGAGAACAAUGUUUAGACAACAUGCCCUCUUUCAAGCCCAAACACUAGUACAUUCAUGUCCUGUUGGAGAGGCUUCGACUCUCAGACAACAGUCUGGUGCACAGUAAUGCAUUGACAAGCCUCCAUUGGCCCCUUGAUCUGGAAGAAAAGUGCCUGGUACAGGCAUUGUUCAAAACCCUCCUCUUAUAAUGCAGUGGCAACCUCAAGAAGAUGACUUGAUCCAGCUUCAGUCUGAGGGAAUGCAUCACUUGUGUUUCUUGUUCGCAGUGGUGGAGUAAAAUAAGAAUUACUGAACCAAGAAUGAAAGCUUCUGCAGAAAAUGUACUGUGUAUCAUUUCCAUGAAUUGCAUGACGAUGAUGUUGUCAAAGACCUUGUGAUGCUAAAAAAAAAA